AAACACUGACGUUGCUGAAUUCACUCCGUUUCACUAACUGUUACUGCAUCCCGCACCAAAAGCAGUAGAUGAUAUGAUUUGUAGAACAGACAUUGGUCGUAAACCGGAACCGGAAUUUCGCGUGGCGGGAAUUUUAUUUUCUGUUUGGAUGUGUUUACAGUCUGCAGUCAGCUCGCACUCUAAUCUGUGAUGCGCUGUGUUUUACAGUAGCUACGCAUGUACACACUCAGCAUGGCUGCAGAUACAGUAGAGUACACCAUAGGAGGAGUGAAGAUACACUUCCCCUGCAAAGCAUAUCCCUCUCAACUUGCCAUGAUGAACUCUAUUGUUCGUGGCUUGAACCAUGGGCAGCACUGCUUAUUGGAAAGCCCUACAGGCAGUGGGAAGAGCCUGGCACUGCUCUGCUCAGCAUUGGCAUGGCAGCAGGCGCAGUAUGCUAAGUCUGACCAGGAGGAAGAAAGCCCUUCAUGUGAUGUAAAAAAGCCACAUGUUACCACCCCAUGUCAGUGUGCAUGUCACAGUAGAGCUCACUACUCAUCCACUUCUUUCAACACAACAAUGUCCAAACCUGUGAUUGACCUUACUGGAGAAGAUACUGAUGUCCAAGCCAUCACACCUCCGAGAGCAGAGGGAAGCCAAGCCAAGAGACCCACUCUGUCAUCUAAGCUUUCUGAGAAGUUUCAGGCUUCCAUCGUUACAACAGCAGAACCAGUUGAUGAAGAUUUUAAGCCUGAUAAGAAGCGCCUUCGGGCACCUGCUACUGAUCAGAAGCAGAGCAGGAAGCGAAGAUGUUUUGAAAAAGGUGUGGUGUUUGAAGAUGAUGAUGAUGAUGAUGAUGAGGAAAUGGAAAGGGCUGAUCAUGGGCCUCAGAACCUCACUGUGGAAUUAGGCAGUCAAGCCAAACCAGAAGCCAGUCAGUCACCUGCUGAAUGCUGUUCUCCUGUACCAUGUUCCCUGUGUGCUUGUGCAAGCAUCACAGAAGGGCAGAAGGCAGGCAAAAAAGACAAAGACAAGGAUAACAAUGGGAAAAAAGCUGUGCCCAAAAUCUUCUUUGGCACACGCACACACAAACAGAUCACCCAAAUUGCACGAGAGCUGAAGCGGACACUGUACUCUACUGUGCCCAUGACCAUACUAUCCAGCCGAGACCAUACCUGUGUCCACCCUGAAGUAGUACCUCACGCCAAUCGGAACGAACGGUGCAAGGAGCUGCUUGAUGGCAAGAAUGGGCAACUAUGCCGAUUCUACCACAAUGUUCAUAAGAUGCGAGAACAGAAUACUUUGCAGUGGGUGCAUGGGCUGCACCAGGCCUGGGACAUAGAAGAACUUGUCAGUCUGGGCAGCAAGCUGCGUUCUUGUGCCUACUAUGCAGCUCGGGAGCUUAUGCAGGAUGCUUGCAUUGUUUUUUGCCCGUACAACUACUUGCUGGACCCUCUUAUCCGGGACAGUAUGGACAUUAAUCUAAAGGGGCAAAUUGUGGUGUUGGAUGAGGCUCAUAACAUUGAGGAUUGUGCCCGUGAGUCUGCCAGCUUCACUCUAAACCAGAAUCAGCUGCAGGAGGCACGUGAUGAUCUUGAGAACAUGGUGACACACAACAUCCGUCGGAAUCACCAUGAGGCUCUUCUGGCCAUUUGCUGCAGCCUGCUCAACUGGAUACAAGAAAGUUCCGGUAUUUUGCAAGACAGAGAUUAUGAGACUGCUUAUAAGGUGUGGACUGGGAAAGAAGUCCUGGACAUCUUCCAUGGUCUUGGCAUAACAGCUGCCACAUUUCCAGUGCUUCAGAAGCACUUUGAGGCAGUGUUGGAGAAAGAGGAGCGGGUUGGGUUGGUGAAUGGAAGAGAGAGCAUGGUACAGGUUCCUACCAUCAGCUCUAAGACCCAGAUUGUGCUCAAGAGCCUUUUUAUGGUGUUGGGAUUCCUGUUCCACCAAAACUGCAGGUUUGCAGAUGACUAUCGAGUAGCUCUGCAGCAGACUUAUGUUUGGAUUACCCAGGAGGAUGUGCCUGAUGCCCAGGGCUUUUUUGCCCGGCCACGUCGCAACCGCCGCCAGACGGCUCGCACCAAGACUCUUGUGCACACACUCAGCUUUUGGUGCCUUAAUCCUGCUGUGGCAUUUUCUAAUCUGAGCACAGCGGUACACAGUAUAGUGCUCACUUCUGGUACACUCUCACCCAUGGGGUCCUUCUCUUCUGAGCUGGGCCUCAAAUUCUCCAUCCAGCUGGAGGCCAGCCAUGUUAUCAGCAAGUCUCAGGUAUGGGUUGGCACCAUUGGAGCAGGUCCUCAGGGCCGUAGGCUGUGUGCCACAUUCCAGCACACUGAAACCUUCACCUUCCAGGAUGAGGUAGGCGCACUGCUGCUGAAAGUGUGCCAGACGGUGAGCCGAGGUGUACUCUGCUUCCUGCCAUCUUACAAGAUGCUGGAUAAACUGAGGGAUCGCUGGAUGAACACAGGCUUGUGGGAGAAACUGGAGGAGCGGAAAGCAGUGAUCACAGAGCCACGUGGUGGAGCCAAGAGUGACUUUGAGGAGCUGCUACAAACGUACUACAAUGCAAUCAGUCAAAGUGGAGCCCGGGAUGGGGCACUUCUGAUUGCAGUUUGCAGAGGGAAAGUGAGUGAGGGACUAGAUUUUACUGAUGACAAUGCCAGAGCAGUUGUCACUAUUGGCAUUCCCUUUCCUAACAUCAAAGACCUGCAGGUUGAACUGAAGAUGAAAUACAAUGACCAGCACUGUAAAUCCAGAGGCCUUCUUCCUGGAGGCAGAUGGUAUGAGAUCCAGGCCUACAGAGCCCUUAAUCAGGCUCUGGGAAGGUGUAUUCGACAUAAAAAUGACUGGGGUGCACUUAUAUUAGUGGACGAUCGUUUUAGAGCCAACCCCAACAAGUAUAUUACAGGCUUGUCUAAGUGGGUGCGUCAGCUGGUGAAGCAUCAUGACAGCUUUACAAAUGCCAUGCAGUCUUUAGUGUCCUUCUCCCAAAGCCGGCAGGGAGAAGUAGAGAGCCAUACCAAGGAGCUUGCUCAGGCUAACCCAGAGUUUUCCAGGAUUCAAUCACCUGCUCUACAGUCGCUUCCUGAGCUUCCAAAACUGAAACAGUGCCUGGGCUCUGAGGGUCAGAUUACAGAUCCCACUGUCAGCCACCCUUUGGCAGCAGGUGACCAGAAACCUUUUCGGCAUCAAUCAGAAUCACUACUUCCUCUGUGUAAUGUUCCUAAAAUCCUGCCAAAACCACACACAGUGUCCACUCUGUUCACGUCCACACCAGUCAGCUCUCGAUUCAGAACCCCUAUAUUUCAAUCUAAAUGCGCCAUGAAGGACCUGGACCCAUGUAUAAAUUUAGCAGCUGCUAAUAAGGACAGCGUUCCUGCAACUGAUCAGACAGUGAAAGAGCAGGCUGAAGUUGUUCCUAAGAACAAACCGAAUGAAAUUCCACCUGACCCUCCUCUUCAGCCACUAGUCCUGUCCCCUGUUAAGACACCUCCAAACUGUAUUUCCAACCAGGAAAUUAGCGUUAUAGGACCUGAAGAUGCUGAUGAGGAGGACCAGAGUAUUUUUUACACUCCAGAGUUGUUUGAAGGAGAAGAUGACUCAACCAUAGAGGAAAAUGAUGAGUUACCUACACCAACUACAGAGGAAACUCCUGAGUCUGAGAAGAGUCAAAUUAGGAAAUGUGCUGGCUCUGAUGAGGUUAAAGAAGCUGCUGUGAUUUCUGAAAAAGACUGUGUAUUGUCUGGUAGUGCUGCAGAGCAAGCAGGGGUGAGCUUUAGUAUACUCAGUGAGGACAAGGCCACACAGCAACAACACAAAAGCAAGUCACGUAGGCUUUCCAGGUCCAGGCAGAAAGCAUCGAACAGAGAAGCAGGUAAACUCUCUACCUACUUUUGUGCUCUCGCAGCGGAGUUCUCACCAGAUCAUUGAAAAGUAACAUUUGUAAAUGGUAAAUAAAUACAAAGCUGUACCAUAGUAAAUAAAUGUAUCUUUUCUUUUGUUUUGUUUCUUUAAAAAAUGAUCAGAGGUUCAGAUUAUGUUCGGCUUUGGUGUCAGUACUGUGAACAUCAAAUGGGGUUCAUUUGCACAGAAGAUUUAAACACUAUCUUGUAAUGUUUUAUUUUUUGUUGUUGUUUUGCUUUUUUUUUUUAUAGGAAAAGAAAGUGGUUUCUUAUACAGUUAAUUUUUUCGGCCCUGGAAUGUUUUACACUUAUAUUAAAACACAGGAAACAUUUAAUCGUAUGUCCAUUGAAUAUUAAUAAGGCAUGUAACUAGUUAGGAAGGUGAGAAAGGACAAUAAAUAUCCAUAAUACUUGUGCAUAAUACACUUGUAUUAAAAAAAAUUAAGGAUUAAUGUACUGACUAUAAACAAGCAAUAAAAUUAAAAUUGUGUUCUCUUUCUAAGGUGCUGAAUGUUAUGGUGUAAAAGCCCUAAACAAGUCUCUUUUUUCAAGGCUGAUUUUUCAUAUUAAAGUAAAUGUAGAGAUUUAAAAAUGCACAUGGAUGCUGAGAUAAUCUGUGGUUUGGACUCGAUAGUGUACAGUAACUUCACCCCUGCCCUGAGGUGAAUCGUUUUAAAGCGCACAAGAGUUGCUUUGCCUUUGUUGUCUGUUUGUUCACUGGAUUUGAAUGGGUGUGGAAUGGAAGAGAAGAGAAGGUCAUUUUCCCCCUUGUUUUUAUUGGAAGUGAAUGUUUUAGUUUUGAAUUUAAAGAAUCCACCAAACAAGAAAAAAAUACACUUGUUUUCUAUUGACCAUUAUUUGAAAAAUGUUCAGUAACUGUAGAUUUUUACUUAUUUUGUUAUUAAUAUGAGCAUAUUAAAAAGAAAUGUUUCUUGUAAGCCAUAUUUUUGCCUUUAUCUUUUCCUGAUCUUUUUCUUAGCAAUAAACUGUUGAACCCUUA